GAGCUUAUACAGUACAGUAUGUGAUUCAGUGGAGAUUGAGAUGAUCCUGAUUUGAUGGGGAAUGACUCAUGAAAAAGGAUAGGUCAUGUAAUGCCAAACCAAGCAAAAUAAUCCUCUAUUUCUAUGACUGUCUUUGUGUCUACUUCCUGAAGGUGGGGACGCUGGAAGACGGACAGCAUGAAGGGCAGGCAACAUGACUAUAAAAUAAUGUACCUCUCCUCUUUUUCCCACAAUCUAUAUGGAACCAGUGCUGGCAGUAACAUAAUUCACGAUAAAACAUGGACUAAAUGGUAAUGAAUGUAAAAGAUAAAGCUAAACUGAGGUUAAAGAAACUUGAUGUUGGAAACAGAUUUUCCAAUUUACCACUUCCAAAAGCCUCUGUUCUUAUACCAUUGAUGGUUAAAUACGGGAAACUGUAUGUUCUCUUCACUGUCAGAUCAAUGAAGUUGAGAAGAUCACCAGGAGAAGUGUGCUUUCCGGGAGGUAGAAGUGACCCAACAGACAGAGAUGAGAUAGCAACAGCUCUCCGGGAAGCCAAGGAAGAAGUGGGGCUCCAUCCUGAACAGGCCGACGUUGUCUGUAGUCUUGUACCUGCAAUAGACAAAACUAAUUCUUUAGUAACUCCGGUUGUAGCCUUCAUAGAAGACACAUUUCAUGCCUGUCCUAAUCCAGAAGAAGUCAGUGAUGUAUUCUCAGUGCCACUGGAGUAUUUCAUUAGUCCAUCAAAGUACACAAGCAUGCCUUUUCAAAGGAUGGGAGAGGUUCCAUUUUUGAUGCAUUCCUUCGAAUAUGAUGACCCAGAGCAAAAGACCUCGUUUCGAAUAUGGGGACUCACUGCACACUUUGUGGUAUUCCUUGCCCUUGCAGUUUUCAGACAGAAACCAACAUUUCAAGUUCAGUAUGAUCUUGAUAAUUUGAUUUCUUCAGCUGAGAAAAAUUUAAUGGAGUUAUACAAUGUGGCGAAAAGCAAACUUUGACAUGUGGAAUUGUUCAUUUCUCCCAACAAAACUUAUCCUGUUUAUAGGUUGGCCAUACAUAUUAAUUUAAAAUAUUCCCUUAAAUUAUAUUUGUAAACUAUAGUGAAGUAUACAAUUUUAUGGAUGCAAUAUAAAUAUCUUGAUAGGAUUAUAUGAAAUAAAAUGCAUUGAUCGGUAUGUGCACCACAGACUCUAAUGAUCUAUUCUGUAUCAUGUAUCAAAGGGAGAAAUAUUAAAUUCACAUCAGUUUCUCAGGCUGCUAUCCUAUAUACACUUGUCUGGGAGUAAGUGCCAUUGAGUUCAAUUACACUUAUGAGUAGACAUGCUUCUGACUUUGCACUGAAGUGACACCUUUUACAGCCACAUAAGUAAGAAAUGCAUUGUACUAUGAGUUAAGCAUGCAUGUGUCUGUAUAUUGAAACAUUCCCUCUUUAAAUUACAUGGAAGUGGCAACUAUCAGAGAAUUAUACCCUUCUGUGUAUUUAAAAGGAGAAAGUAGUGACUAGCACACAAGCACUCUCUGUGACUGGAAUGGCCCUUUUUUAACUUGAGUGUCAGUACUUUUAUAAGAUGAAGAGAAGCUGGGUCCCAAAUAAUGUACAGGGAGAUUGGCCCUAGGUAUUUAAUCUUGAAUGAGCUGCUCACUUUCUCUGUGUCUCAAUUCCAACUUCCAAAAUAAAUAUGAGAAGUCUUACUUACGACCAUUGGGUUAGGAUGUAGAAGAAUCUUUGUUGAGACUUGUCUAAUUCUCAGCCUCACAAGCUUUGAAGAUAAAAACUCCCAUGUACAAUAUGCUCUUUGAAGGAAGGGUAAAGCACAGAUAUGACAAAUAAACUACAUUUGCUACUUAAGUAUAGCAUCAGACACACCUGGUCUUGCAGUUGUGCUUGAUGCCUCUUGGUGGGGCUGUUAGAUAUUUAACAUAUACAAUAAUUUGUACGGCCAGGAUUAAGUGUCAUAGGAUGGGUGACUACAUUAUGAUCUUAUUAUUUUAAAUUAUCUGCUGUUCUUAAACGUACGUUUUAUAGUUUUUAAUUUUUCUCAUAGUUUAAUUCUAUUUUUAAUUGUAUACAUUUUUAUGUUUUAAUGGUGUGUUAUCUUUUAGCUGUAAGCCGCUCUGAGUCCUACUGGAAAAAGGGCGGGAUAGAAAUAAAGUUUAUUAUUAUUAUUAUUAUUAUUAUUAUUACUUUUAACCACUUAAGUAGGGGGUUUAAAGUUCUGUUGCUUAUUAUUGCCAGUACACGUAUUGAUGUUACUUGAAAUUAACAAUAAAUUAGUUCAUGCUAAGUAGGCAUGGGAAUGAAUUCUUUAGUGACCUGACUUCAUCAGUCACACUUCAGAAUUACAUGUAUGUUCACCCAUUUGUGUCGUAUCUACCCAAAAGAAGUGCGUCUCUGGAUUCAGUACUGUCGCAUUUUAAUCUGGGUAGCAUUAGAAUUUGCAAACUAACUAACAAACUAAUUAUUGAUGAUUUUGUGGUUAGAAAAGUAACAAGAUAAUUGCAUUAGAUAGUGUUGGAUAACAGCCACAUUGUGUAUAAAGAAAAAAAUCAACGUGUGUGUGUGUUUUAAUCCCUUCUGUU